CGCCGCCACUAUGCCUCCCUCGCAACUCAAAAGGCUGAAGGCCUCUCUACGGGAGCAGGGAAUUUUGGGUCCUCAGAAAUCAAAAAAGCAGCAAAAACAAAACUCGCAAAAUGGCGCCAACAACGAAAAGAGGGUUGCCCGCACAGAGGCACUCAAUACGAUUCGGGACCAGUUCAAUCCCUUUGAAUACAAGUGGUCAAAGGCUCCAAGGUUCGAGGCUACGAGCGCGAAGAAUCCAGGAGGGAAAGACAGUAAAGGGACCAUUGUUGGCAGGCCUACAGUCAGGAAGAGCAUAGAUGCAGAACGGUUCGAGAUGACUCAAUUGGCCAAAAUUGAAAAUCGUCGAAGAGUAGGAGGGAUCAUGGAUAAACGUUUUGGAGAAAACGACCCUACAAUGGCACCAGAGGAAAAAAUGCUAGCACGUUUCACGCAAGAAAAGCAGGCUCGGCAUAAGAAUUCGAUCUUUGAUUUAGAGGAUGACAAUGAAGCCGAACUCACACACAUGGGCCAAUCAUUAUCCCUCGACGCUCCGCCAAUUGAUGAUUUUGACGAGGAUUUGGAGUUGUCAGAUGCAGAGGACCACCCUUCAGACGAAGAACAAAAACAUAGGAAAAGACGCCGAUCAUCAGACGACGAAGGCUCAGAAGAUGAAGAGGACGAAGAAGUGGACCGCCCGGAGAGAAAGAAGUCAAAACAGGAAGUUAUGAAGGAGGUCAUCGCCAAGUCUAAGCUUUACAAAUACGAGCGUCAGGCAGCUAAGGAGGAUGAUGAGGAUUUACGAGAUGAGAUAGAUAAGGAGACAGCAAACAUUCAGGAACUUCUUCGGGGAAUGGGAAAACGACCUCCGCCUGCUCCUGUGUCAGACAGCGCAGGAAUGAACCCAGAGCGUGCAGCAUUAUUGAAUGGCACGAGCAAGCUUGAAGCUGAGAAGGAGUAUGAUAAGCGCCUGAGACAGCUGGCACUAGAUAGGCGGGCGAAACCUACAGAGAGAACGAAGACAGAGGAGGAAAUUGCCGCAGAAAAAGCCAAACUCCAGAAGGAACGAGAGGAGAAAGAACAGAGGCGAAUGCAGGGCUUACCAGAGAGUAGUGAUGAGGAAGAUGUCGCCGCUAGUGGCUCAGAAGAUGAGGAAGAGGAAAAUCCUUUGGGGUUGGGUAUUCCAACCCAAAAAGCGAGUUCGGAGCUGGGCGUCGAAGACGAGGAUGAUUUCCUUAUAGAUGAUGAUUUAGUAGCGAGCGGUUCUGAUCUGGAGCCUCUCGAGGAUGAUUCAUCGGAGGAAGAAGCGGAGGAUGGAGAAGAUGAUAACGACGAUGCCGAGUUUCUCCAGGGAAUACUCACAGAGGAGGAGUCAAAGCAUCCUGAAUUUCUUACCGGAGCAAAUUCUCAAUUGCCAGGCUCGAGCGAUUCGCUCAAAUGCCCAGAAACCCACGACGAACUUCUGGAAAUCACCAAGGGGGUCAAUGACCUACCGGAAUUUGUGAAACGAAUCCGGACAGCAUAUCACCCGAAACUGGGUGCUGAGAAUAAGGCUAAGUUGGGGAACUUUACAGUGUCUCUUAUUGACCACAUCUCCUAUCUUGCAAAUGAACAAGCCCCCUUUGCUGUCCUGGAGUCAAUCACUCGUCAUGUUCACUCUUUGGCAAAGAACCACUAUCCGGUCGAGACUGCUAAUGCAUUCCGCCGUCAUCUCCAAGAAAUUCACGAAUCUCGGUCUUUAUCUCUCACAGCCGGUGAUUUGGCGCUUCUCACAGCCAUUGGAACUAUCUUCCCAACAUCAGAUCACUUCCAUCAAGUCGUCACCCCUGCGACCCUGACAAUGGGUCGGUACCUUGGCUUGAAGAUACCCCAAAAACUGUCCGAUUAUGCAGUGGGAGCAUACAUAUGCACACUGUGUUUACAAUAUCAACGAAAGUCGAAACGAUAUAUUCCUGAAGUCAUGAACUUCAUCGAGAAUACACUGUGUGUUCUAGCACCUGCUAAACUGGCAAAACUACCUGGGAAUUUCCCAUACCAUGAGCCGAAAGCACCGUUGCGGAUAGAAGAGGCUGUAGAGUCGACCAGGAUAUUUGCUUUCAGCGACUGCUUUUCACAAGAGCUUUCAGCAGAACAGGAAGCAGAGCUCAAAGAAGUACUGCUAGAGAUGAACCUCAAACUUCUUGAGGUGGCAGCAGAUACAUGGUCCGGAAAGGCAGCAUUUUUCGAAGUUUUCGAACCAGCUCUCAGGAUCCUUCAGCAUUUGGGAGGCAAGAACUGCAGACCUAAGCUCUCAAAACGCAACCAGACAAACAUCACGAAGCUUAUCCAAAAACUUAACCUUCUCCUCCAACAAGCCCAACUCUCCCGCCGACCCCUGGAGCUCCACCACCACAGGCCUUUAGCUAUCAAGAUGGCUAUACCCAAGUUUGAAGAGUCCUAUAACCCAGACAAGCACUACGACCCUGAUCCAGAGCGAGCUGAAGCAUCCAAGCUCAGGAACGAGCUCAAGAGGGAGAGGAAGGGUGCGAUGCGUGAUCUUAGGAAAGACGCGCAAGCCGUGGCCAGAGAGGCGCUCAAGCAGAAGAAGGCCAAGGAUGAGGCCUACGAAAAGAAAUACAAGAGGCUUAUUGCUGAGAUCCAAGGCGAGGAAGGGAGGGAGGCUAAGGCUUAUGAGAGGGAGAAGGAAUGGCGGAAGAAGGGCAAGAAGUAAAGCCUGUACGGGUCCCAACCGGAACCGGUUGUCGAUCGGCCUAAGCAAAUGGCGUGUUAGAUGUCAGCGGAGAAUAAUACAUACUUUAACCGUCCCAGAGUAUCAU